AUGGCUGUACCAAGUUCUCCUCAGCAUUAUAUUGAGUGUGAAAUGUGUGACGAAAACUGUCUGUACCAUUGCAAUUCGUGUUAUGUGAGACUGUGUGAAAAGUGUCGUGACAACCACAAAAUAAAUCCGUACACCAAAGCCCAUGAUAUUGGUAGGUACAACCCUAGAAUCUUGGCGAUCCCUUUGAAGAAAUGUCCACGGCAUCGAACUAAGGAUUUAGAUAUGCAUUGCAAAGAAUGCCAGAUCCCACUAUGUUCAAACUGCGCUAUAGCACCAGAUCAUCAGGGGCAUACGUUUGAAGAUCUUGAAGAAAUAUAUUCUCAGCAUUUUGAAGCAUUCAAAAUUCAUUUGUGUAAAAUCUACGAAUAUUUCCUGCCAGCAUCCAAUGAUGUUCUGGAUGACAUUCAGGAUGACGUCACUAAAAUAAAAAAGAUGAUUGGCGAGACAAAAAGAAAACUAAUAUUAGAAACCGAGGCUUUUAAAAGUGAAAUUGAAAGAGCAUUCUCCGAGAAAAUGGCCCAGUUAGAGAAGAUAGAGAGGGAAACACUUAACGACCUGUACACACAAAGUAAAACAAUGACUGAUUACAUUUCUUAUCUCAACGGACUUGCCAAGAAGUAUCAAUUCAAACUUGUAAAUAAAGACCCGGAAUAUCUUGUGCGAAACGAGGCAGAGGGGAUAAAACCUAUCCCAAAGACGUCAAAGCCUGCCUAUCCAACAGUGAUCGCGGGGAACUUUAACAAAGCAGAGGUUCUAAGGGCUUUGAGUAAAAUUUUCCCCAAUGUCUCAACAGAGGAAAGAAAUGUUCGGAAAUUGUUUAGUCUAAAGUCUCUACCCCACCUUCAAGUUAUUAAACAAAACCAGAGAGAUAUAGUUAACCCGAAGCCUUGUAAACGGUGGAAAAUGUCCAACUUUGUCACUGAGGCAGACGGAAUCACUGUGCAAGGUAUGCAAAGUAUGCUUCACGUCUCUAAAGAUCAUGCAGGCAGAUUGUGGGUCAGCGAGUUUGGCGGGAAUCUUGUGCAGACUGAUGUACAGGGAAAUCGGCUGUGGAGCAUAAAAAUUAGUGGAAUAGGAAGAGCUUGCCAUACAAUGACAAUGCAAGGGAAUCUCCUAUUUAUAGGAAAGGAAAACAAUGUUAUCUAUAAAAUAUCAGAUACCAAGAUUAUAAAAUUCAUCCAGACAGAGGACUGGACUGUGCUUAGCAUUUACUCCUCAUACAGAAAUGAAGACAUACUAAUGGGAAUGAUUAAGGAUGAUACUGAAACAAACGAUGCUAAAGUGACAAGGUACAGCAAAACAGGAAGGAAAAUCCAGGAUAUAAAGAAUAAGAAUAGAUGCUGGACAGGAAUGCUUUAUAAAUUUCCAGUUUACCUUACAGAGAAUAUUAAUGGAGAUAUAUGUGUAUCGGACAGUAGAAAGGAGGAAGUGGUGGUUGUAAAUAAAGCAGGGAAAUAUCGAUUCUCCUACACAGGUCAGCAAUCAAAUUCAGAGUUCUCCCCGUGCGGAAUAUGUACUAGCACCCUCGGCCACAUUCUGAUUUGUGAUCCAAAGAGUUAUUCAAUUCACCUGUUGGACAAGGACGGUUUGUUCCUUUCUCUGUUGAACAUAGGUCAAUCAGGUUUGGUCAGACCCUCUGGACUGUGUUUGGAUCUGGAGAACCAGCUAUAUGUUGGAUACUAUGAUAGCAAUACACUAACAAGAUACACAUUGUACAAAUAUUAG